AUGCCUCUAAAAGCUAUAACUAGUACUAGUAUAGAGCGCCUAUUUAAUAUAGCACGUGAUAUAUGCCACUACCGGCGUGGUAGGCUAAGUACUUCUACUAUAAAAGACCUUAUAGUAUAUAAUCGCACUAUAAAGUUUAAUAUAGAUAUAAAAGAGCUAACUCAGCUCGUUAAAACCCUUAAGAUUAAAGAGGAGGUAGGAUUAAAGGACUUAGAGACUCGAGUAUUACUUAAGGAUAUUAGUGAUAUCGAGGAUCUAGACCUUAAUAGCUUAGGUGAGGAAGAGUAG